AUGUCCUCUGAGAAGUUUGGCGACAAGUUUCCACAUGGAGGCCACUCCGAGUUGGAAGGAGGCCACAAGCAAGCCCCAACCUACGAUGCCGAGGUGACGCCCGCGGGCGAGCAGACCGUGCACGAUGCCGUUUUCGGCGAGCUGGAAGAGGGAGGCCCCGACUACCGCGGUGUCGGCUCGAUGGGUGGUUUCAUUCUCAUGACCAAGGCCAACCUUGGUCUCGGUGUGCUCGCCCUCCCUUCCGUCUUUGGUGUCCUCGGUCUCGUCCCCGGCAUUCUCAUCAUCUUUCUCGUCCAGUCCAUGAUUGCUUACUGCGGCCUCGCCAUCGGCCAGUUCAAGGUCAACCACCCUGAAGUCUACGGUCUCUCCGACGCUGGUCGCGUUAUCGGUGGCCGUUUCGGAAGGGAAUUCUUCUACUAUGUCUUCCAGCUUUUCAUGCUCUUCAUUAUCGGCUCCGCCCUUGUCGGCAUUUCGACGGCGCUCAACGCCGUCUCGGCCCACGGCACCUGCACGGCCGUCUUUGUCGCCGUCGCUGCGGUCGCCGGCUUCCUCUUCGGCUCCAUCCGCACCCUCUCAAAGGUCACUUGGAUCGGUUGGGUCGGCCUCUUCUCCAUCAUGGCGUCGAUCAUUACUCUCACUGUCGCUGUCGGUGUUCAGGACCGCCCCAGCGAGGCGCCCCAGACCGGCCCUUGGGACAAGGACAUCCAGAUUUUCGCCCACCCCACUAUGGCCGAAGCCAUGAGUGCGAUUAACGGUAUCGUCUUCUCUUACGGCGCUACCCCCAUGUACUUUGGCAUCGUUUCCGAGAUGAAGAACCCCAAGGUCUACGCCCGCUCGAUGGUUUCCUCUGUUUUCUUCCUCACUGCCGUCUACCUCAUUAUCGGCUCUGUCGUCUACACUUUUGCCGGCCAAUACGUUGCAUCACCCGCUCUCGGCACUGCUGGUGCGCUCCUCAAGAAGGUCUGCUACGGCAUCGCCAUUCCCGGUCUCCUCGCCUCGCUCACCAUCUUCUCCCAUCUUGCCGGCAAGAACCUUUUCGUCCGCAUCCUCUCGGGCUCAUACCACCUCAACCACAGCACCAAGACGCACUGGAUCACCUGGCUUUCCUGCGUCCUGGGCUCCGUCCUCGUCGGUUACAUCAUUGCCUCGGCCAUUCCCAUUUUCGGCACCCUUAUUUCGCUCAUUGGCGCCCUCAUUUGCCCUCUCGUCUGUUUCUUCCCAUAUGCCUUCAUGUGGAUCCAUGACAACUGGCGCCUCUCAGACGUGCGCACCACCAAGCGCAGGAUGGGGCUUUAUCUCAACAUUCUUAUCAUCAUCCUCGCUGCUUUCCUCUUUGUCGCGGGCACGUACGGCGCGAUUGAGGAUCUCAUUUCCGUCACCAAGAAGCCGAUUGGUAAGCCUUGGGGCUGCUCGGACAACUCGGGCACGGUCAAGGACUGA